AUGACGUCACGGACCAGUUGGCAAAAGAUCCUGUACCGAAAGCAGCCGUUUCCCGAUAAUUAUUCCGGCGGGGAAGAGCAGUUUCUCAAAGAGCUACGCAAAAAUGGUAUUUCUAUUCGGUUAAGGAAAAAAAAGGCUAAGAACAUGGCUUCAGUUUCCGUCGUCCACUACGACUAUAAAAGUGCGGUGUUUGGAUGCAUGAACUUGCUCGCUCAUGUCGACACACUCACAAUGUACUUCGUCCUUUUUCUCAACGUAGACAAACAACAUUUUGCAUUGAAACAACUUAAUUGUUCAGAUUCUUCAUUCAAACUGGUCACUAAACGUUCUAUACGUCGUUUUCACACUCCCUGCCAUCUUCUAUCUCUUUUUCUGUAAAUUCUUGGCUCCAAGCGCUGCCGACGGGAAAGAGCACGCGCGAACAAUCGUCACUCUGCUAUUGUUCGCGUAUGCAUUCACUCCAGUUAUUAGGUAUAUUCCUGACAUUGAAAAAUUAUAAUUAAAAGUUAAAAAGUUGAUAGGACACUGACAACAUCAAUCAGCACGGAUACGAUCUACGCGACGUCCAUAAUCACCGCCAUUCUCAGCUGCUUUUUCCAUGACUACGGAGUCAAGGCACCUGUGUUAGUUUAUUUACGGUUCCGCCAAUCCGUUCUACUUUCAGAGUUUCGUAUCCGACAUCCGUGAGCAGCGGCCUGAGCUCUGCAAUCUUUCUGCUCUCGCGUCUGGAAGAGGACACUCCGACUUUGCUCCUGCUCGUCGUCGCAUUUGCUCUUCACGCCUACGGAGCCGAGUUUCGGAACCGUCUGUUCAGUGUGUAUCCGGGCUAUUCGGCGGUCGCGUUCAGUCUUCUCGCCACUUCCUCAGUUUAUUUCAUCUCGUCGUUUUCUAUAGAACUGUCCGUUUUAUGGGCUCUUAUGCACGUCUUCAUUCUGUUCAUCUGUCCACUUAUCCUCGUUUUGAAACAAACCGGUAAAUGCACGAUUCACGGUCCGUGGGACGAAGCGGUCCCCGUCAAAUCUCACUCAAACUGA